CGACACGUUUCCUUUUCCCAGUUCGGAAUUUCUUUUCCCGUUCAUCGACAGUUGAAACCACGACCAUACUCGUCCAAGCGCCUUCCCCCGCCCGUCCUCCUCCCGUCGUCAGAAUCACUGACUUUCCCAUCCGAUCCACUCGUCGUCUUACACGCUGCCUUCUCCUUCUCCCUCCCCUUCCUUCUUCCCUUCCACUGUCUAACAGAUCGUCGUCGUCUCCUGCUUUCUCUCCAAAGGGAUCGAUUGACGAGGAAGAUAGAAGGCUGAGAGCAGAUCUAUUUGAUACGAGAUAGUUGGGGGCUUAUCAGCUUCUCUUGUUAACUGGACCUCGAUUCGACUGCCUCACUCACCUUCACCGAGUUCACCAAAGAGAGGAAAGAAGCUUUUUCUAGUUUCUGAACAAACAGUUUGUUGUGACAUUUUUUGAAGAUAAAAAAUGAUGGGCGAAGAUCUUGGAGUGGAAGCCAAGGAGGCUGCUGUACGUGAGGUUGCCAAGUUGUUACCACUUCCAGAGCUGUUGCUGUCGAUUGCCUCUAUCAAAGCUGAUUAUAUUUCACGGCAACAGGCUAAUGAUGCUCAGCUUAGUACAAUGGUAGCGGAGCAGGUUGAACAAGCACAAUCUGGCUUGGCCUCACUUUCCUCAUCUCAGACGACGAUAAACCAACUUCGUGAGAACUUUAUUGGCAUUGAGAGGCUUUGUCAAGAGUGUCAAACCUUAAUUGACAACCACGAUCAGAUAAAGCUCCUUAGCAAUGCGAGGAAUAACCUAAACAUGACCUUGAAGGAUGUCGAGGGUAUGAUGUCAAUAUCUGUUGAAGCAACAGAGGCACGAGAUUCGUUGAGUGAUGAUAGAGAACUUGUCAAUACUUAUGAGAGGUUAACAGCUCUCGACGGGAAGCGAAGGUUUGCAUUGGCGGCCGUAGAAUCUCAUACUGACGAGGUUGGAAAAUUAAGGGAAUAUUUUGAAGAUGUUGAUCAGAGUUGGGAGAACUUUGAGAAGACAUUAUGGGCCCAUGUAGCCAACUACUACAAGCUUGCAAAAGAAAGCCCACAAACGCUGGUUCGUGGUUUGAGGGUCGUUGAAAUGCAAGAAAUUCUAGAUCAACAAAUUGCGGAGGAGGCAGCUGAAGCUGAAGGAGCUGACGCGGUGACACCAGUUGCUAAUCCUCGUCGAUCAGCGAAAAAAACUACUGGUGCAGCAGCUGUGAAAAAUGUCACCCAACAGAAAGUAAAAUCUCAGGGAAAAGGUUAUAAGGAUAAAUGCUAUGAGGCAAUAGGGAAAGCGGUGGAGGAACGGUUUAACAGGCUGUUGACUGAGCUAGUAUUCCAGGAUCUGAAAGCUGCUUUAGAAGAAGCUCGAACGAUUGGAGAAGAGCUUGGAGACAUUUAUGACUUUGUGGCUCCUUGUUUUCCUCCAAGGUUACUUUACAUUCUGAACUGAGGAAAAUGUGCAAGUGCAGUACACUAAGUGUAAAAUUGAGCACCUACCUAGUGAAGAGGUUCUCACAAAUUAAGUGUGGCAACCUGUUUCACCAGGCUGAAAUUUCUUGUGUCACAGUACGGCCUGUGAAUAGGAAGUCCUUCUCUCAGUUGAUUUGAUAUAUGAAAUAUUCCAACUCAUGGUGAAUCUGUAUACUGAGAGAUUUAUUCAGAUGCUCCGAUUGCUCAGUGACAGAGCCAAUGAACUCACAAAUAUAGAGAUUUUGAAGGUUACAGGUUGGGUGGUCGAAUACCAAGAUAAUCUGAUUGGACUUGGUGUCGAUGAAACCUUGGCACAAGUAUGUUCAGAGAGUGGUGCCAUGGAUCCCCUUAUGAAUUCUUAUGUUGAGAGAAUGCAAGCUACAACAAAGAAAUGGUACUUGAAUAUACUAGAAGCUGAUAAAGUACAACCUCCAAAGAAAACAGAGGAUGGAAAGUUGUACACUCCAGCUGCUGUUGACUUGUUCAGGAUUCUUGGGGAGCAAGUUCAAAUUGUUAGGGACAAUAGCACUGAUGUCAUGCUUUAUAGAAUUUCUUUGGCUAUUAUUCAGGUAAUGAUAGAUUUUCAAGGAGCUGAAAAGAAAAGGCUCCAAGAACCAGCUUCUGACAUCGGUUUGGAACCUCUGUGUGCAAUGAUUAAUAACAAUCUGCGUUGCUACGACCUCGCAAUGGAACUUAGUACAAGCAUAAUUGAAGCACUUCCACAGAAUUAUGCUGAGCAGGUUAAUUUUGAAGAUACUUGUAAAGGCUUCUUGGAGGUCGCAAAGGAAGCAGUGCAUCAAACAGUUAAAGUGAUCUUUGAAGAUCCAGGGGUUGAAGAGUUGAUUGUCAAGCUUUAUCAGAAAGAUUGGUCAGAAGGACAGGUCACUGAAUACCUUGUUGCGACAUUUGGUGAUUACUUUGCAGACGUAAAAAUGUAUAUCGAGGAAAGAUCAUUUAGGAGAUUUGUGGAGGCUUGUGUGGAGGAGACAGUGGUGGUUUAUGUUGAUCAUCUUAUGAUGCAGAAAAACUACAUAAAAGAAGAGACCAUAGAGAGGAUGAGGCUUGAUGAAGAGGUGAUCAUGGACUUCUUCCGCGAGUAUGUUAGUGUCUCUAAAGUGGAGAACAGAGUGAGGAUAAUGAGUGACUUGAGAGAACUCGCUUCAGCGGAGAGCUUGGAUACGUUUACACUUGUGUACACAAAUAUUCUGGAACAUCAACCAGACUGCCCGCCUGAUGUAGUGGAGAAGAUUGUUGCCUUGCGAGAGGGUAUACCUCGGAAGGAUGCCAAAGAGGUGGUGCAAGAAUGCAAAGAGAUAUACGAGAAUUCGCUCGUGGAUGGUAUCCCACCGAAGACAGGGUUCGUGUUCCCCAGGGUGAAAUCUUUAGCUGCUUCCAAAGGUUAUAUCUGGCGAAAGCUCACUUAAACUGUCGAACGUCUCCAUGCCGCCUCCUCCUCAGGCUUGUUGUUCUUCACCCAGAAGAGAAAAAUAUGUACUAUUGUAUUUAUUCAUUGUGUCCAAUAUCCUUCUGUUCAUACCCGUGGAAAAGGGAAAAUAUUCUUCUUUUCAUGUCUUAGGGUUGUGGAUAUACAUACAGGCUGUUGUUGUUUAUUUGGUGUUUUGGAAUCCACUUUUCCCCCUUCCUCUAGGCUCUAUGUCUACUUCGACAUUUUGUUUAAAGGCGACUGUUAUUGCUGUAAGAUUUUGAUAACUUGAUAAUUUCUGUUGGUUUCUUGCUUAAAGGGCUAGUAAGAAGAGCAUUUCAGGUACCUAAACUAUGCAAGUUUAUCAAAUGGAACCCUCUACUGUGAU